AUUUGACAGUUUGUUGACAGAUUGACCGAACACCGAAAUCCGAGGUCAAUUUCGUUCGAUAAAAAUUCUGUGAAACCGCAGGAAUCAUGGGUUUCGGUGAUUAUCCUAAGGAAUAUAACCCUGCAGUCCACGGGCCCUAUGACCCUGCCCGUUAUUAUGGCAAACCUGAUACUCCAUUCGGACAGGUGAAAAUUAAUGAGCUCGGUUCAUGGUUGGCACGCAGGAAUAAGUCGCCUCAGGCCAUCGCUGGAGCCUUCAGCCGAGCCUGGUGGAGGUGGCAACACAAGUAUGUGCAGCCCAAGAAGGUGGGCAUUGCUCCAUUCUUCCAGCUGCUGGUUGGCAGCAUGACAUUCUUCUAUGUUAUCAACUACGGAAAGAUGAAGCACCACAGGAACUACAAAUACCACUAAUCCGGAAGUCAUGCCAUCAACAAGCAUGUUAUUUAUCUAUUCAAAUGAUCAUGUGAAUCUGUAUGUACUAGAUCAAGCAUACUUGCAAUAAAGUUAUUAGCCUGAACUCA